UCUGUACCAAAAGCAGUAACUCCGAGCUACACUCAGGAAUACCAUGCGGCGCUGCAUAGGGAGUCCCUGCAGAGCUUACCUUGUCCUUCGCUCCCACGAUGUGUCCCCUGCAGCGUCCCCGACCAUCUCCUCCGGCUGAUGCCGGCAUCCGGCUUCUGUGUUUCGGUCCCUGUGAUGUCGGGACGUACGGGCGCCGCCGGCGGCAGGAAAUUUGAAAUUUUUUUAAAAAUGUCAUUUUUUUUCAAAACUAAUUUUACAUAUGCUUUGUCCUGUCCCGUCUGCAUUUUGACUGUUCUUUCU